CUUAACACAUUUAAUGUUCUUUUUUAAAUCCUGUCAGUCUGACAGAUGGGUAAAAAUAAAAGAUACGAAAAGCCACCGGUUUAUUUGCACACCCUACGGAGGAGAAUUUAUAACGAGGCUGCUUUAAUUUGAGCAUAGAAACAACAAAAAUGGCGCUCCCAACAUUACAACCGUUUUGGAUGAAAAACUAUAAAAAUACUACUGAAGCGCUGAUGGUGAAGAGAAACCAAGACCAAUCAGAAUUCAGAGAAAAAUGGGACAAAAAUUCUCAGUUUUUUAAAAAGUCAGAGGUUGAAACAGCCAAGCAAACUGGAUGGACGUCGAAUCAGUCUUUUCAAAGGAGCAUGAAUGCAGUUGGUGAGACUUACCGAAAAACAACAAAGCAACUUGAUCUAGAGAAAAGAAGAAACAAAUUAGCAGAGCUAUUAUCAAUGGAAACAGAUGCGUUACAGAAAGAAAUGAGGCAAAGCCGACUUUCAAAGGCAGGAAAGCUCAUAGAAAUGAAGGACAGAGCUGAUGAGUUACGAGAUGCAAAAGAAGAGAGGAGAAAACAGAUAGCAGAAGAAAAACUAUAUCAACACUGGAAAGAAAACGAACCAGAUUUGCGAAAGGUUCAGUCGACACAAGUGCAGCAAAAUGUCAUUCGCGGUUGGGGAGAACAGAUCACAGAGAGACGAGAGAUUGCGAAAACAGCGAGAGAUGAAGACAGGAGGUUGGAGCACAUGAUGGAGAUUGAUCGUUUGAGAGUCAUGCAAGCUGAAAAGAAGAGAGCAGAAGAGAGAAAGAUGGAAGAGAUCGAGUUGAAAUCCCAGCUGCAAAAGCAAAUGGAAGAAUUAAGAAUCAAGGACGAAGAGGCCCAGAUGCUCAAAAGGGAAGAAGAGGGGUUGGUCAAGCAAAGGAUGCUUAUUGAUGGGGCUGAAGAAAAACGCAGGCAGUUUGAAGAGCAGCGAAGGAGACAGGAAUAUGGGAGAGUUCUCGUGAGGCAAUACAAAGCUCAACUUCGCAGGAAGAGUAAACAGGUCCAGGAUGCUUUGGAAUUGGACUUGAAGAUACUCGAGGACCUUGCAAAACAGGAACAAGAUGAAAUGACAGUAAGAACAUCACGUAGAGAGAAAGCCAAAACAGAGGCCGAGAAAAUGAGACAGGUAGUACAAGAACAGUUAAAAUUGGAAAAGGCCAGGGAAGCAGAGCUUGAUCAGUUGUACCAAGAAGAAGCUGCGAGGCAGUGGCAAAAACGCGAGAGUGAGUGGGAGCGCGAAAGAAUCGCGAGGGAAAGGCUGAUGCAAGAGGUUCUUCACGAGAGGCAGAAACAAGUUGAUGACAGAAUUCAAAUCGUUCUCCGCAAAAAACAAGAUUCCAUCGCUGAAAGAGAGGACUUGAUACGGCAAAUGGAAGACUAUCAGCAAUCGUUAGAAACAGAAAAGAUCGAAGAGGAAAAUAGGAAACAAGAGAGGGAACGUGAAAUUAGCGAACAGAUCACUGCAAGAUCUCAACGUAGAUGGGACGAUCAAAUGAAAGAACAGGAAUUGCUUGAUCAGAAAAGACGCGAAGAGGAGGCAUACAAGAAGUUAAUAAAUCAAGAAGUCGUAGCGAUGACAGCCCGAGACGAUUCUCCAAGGACAUUCCGUCGGAGGAAGUUCGCUUUCGAAUGAUGAGACAAAUAGAGACAAGAAGAAGUUGCAUACGAGUGAAGCUAACAUGGUACCUUACUAAUUUCAUUGUAUAUAAUGUUGUAAAAUACAACAAAUCUUAGGGUUCGGUUUGAGAAUGCUUCAAUUCAUGAAAUUAAUUUGGUGUACUUCCGACUCUGGGAUAAGCAGAUGGUCAAUAAAUUAUCAGAACGUGGUUGCACCAUAGCUUUGAGCCAGUGCUAGUCAUCUAGUGGGAUUAUCUUUUGAAUGCGUAUGUUUUCAGCCAAGAAAUGAGCUCGUCAUCUUUACUUAAUUUAACUAUUUAAAGUAUAAUUUCUCCUUUAAAUCCUAUAUACAAAUUUGUCUAAGCGUUUCUCUAACUGUUCUCAGUGCAUAUGUGUUCACGCAAGAAGUUUCCACUCUCCUCUUGUAUAAAGCCCAAACUAUGAACAAAACUGUCUAGCAAAUAUCCAGUAAGCCUUUUUAAAAGGCAAUCCGCCUUCUGUUUUCUUUUCUCUGCUUUUCUAGAAUAGAACGAAUCAGAAGUCAACGUUAGUACUAGAAAAAUUGUUACGUCACAGAAAUGUAGCUUAAAAAUGUAAUACAGUUUACAAAGGCAAAAAGUGUACGCUUGCCACGUUUUCGAAAAAUCUGCCUGCUUAAAGUUUUGUGAUUAAGAAAAUACAACAAAUGCUGCUGGAAAAUAUUUUAAAAGUGGGAAAGAAACAUGAUUCGUCAACAUCCUCCCAAAAACCAAAAACGCAAUUAUCCAUUAUUGGAAAUCUUCAUGGGAUUUUUUGCAGAGAAGAUCAUACAAUCUUUAUACUGCAAUUUCGCUAGACAGAAAAACUGAAGUUGAAAGUAAAUCUUAUGUAUAUAUCAAUAUUAU